AAAGCUCAUCAGCAUACAGUAUACAUUGAUGGUAUAGUGACGAUAGUAUUGCAUGCCAUGAUUUCAUCGUACCGGAACCCCUCUUUCCGAUCCGAUCCGACUGUUACUUGUUACUGUUCUGUGAGACAUGGAGGGCGAAACAGCUCCGAAUGAAUCUUCUCCGUCUCUGAACGUUCUGUGUGGCAUCUGUAACGAAUUCUACCGGGCAAACGACAUUAUUUUUUCCACUGCCAGUUGCGGCCAUGUAUUUCACAGGGAGUGCCUGACGCGCUGGCUCGGACGAUCCCCGACGUGUCCCCAGUGUCGGGCCACUUGCCAUCGGAACCGCAUUCAUCGAAUUUAUCUAAAUUUCGCAGAGCGCACGGAGCUCGAUGACCAAGAGCCACCAAAGCAGCCUGUUCAAUGGGUGCCUAUGGACCUCGACAUUAACAGUUCCCGGGACGCAUCCAACGCACCGGAAGGUGCCAUUCAGUGUGGCACAGAUGAGGAUGGUCUGCCCACAUAUGUAGCCCGUGGCUACUUCAACGACGAUCUGCUGCCAGCGAGCUAUGCGCCCCAGAAGAAGGCAGCGUUUGGCUCUUGGAGCUGCCGCUCCUAUAGGCUUAUCGAAGGGGUGGAGGUCCUGGUGUUGACCGACUGCGAUCACGAGUGGGUACCUGGUUCCAGUGGCAGUUACCCCCCAAACGCACUACCGACAGGUUAUUCCGAGAUUGGCGAGGUGACGUACACCGGUCUCGGCGUUUACGAAGGUAUCAAGAGACUGGGAAAAGUGCAUCCCUCCCACAAGGUCAUGUACAUUCCGCACCGCGGUCAGGAGGUGAACACAUCUAGCUAUGAAGUCUUGGUGGUUACACCUCGCGUAGAAGUGGAAUCUCCAUCGCCAUCGUGAGAUGUAUCGAUAACCUCUCGUACAGUGUCGUAUAUGUAAAGUGAAUCAGUGUUGACUGUGCAUGGAUAGACAACCCAAAUAAAAAUCAAAUACAGUUGCUGGAUAACCUGCUACCCCGA